ACGAAUUAACCUGUGACGUUUACGAACCAACUCUUACGAUACUGUCCGCGCCAUACGAAUGACUCGUCCCUGUUCAAUUUACAUUGUGUAUUAGUCCCGUGUUCUCAUUGAACUCGAAUUUGACUGAACGACCAGUUAACAAAAAUCAUCUGAGAAUGAUACCGAACUGUAUAAGAAAUAUAGGUGCUCAAACGUCGAAGAGAAAUGUGGUAUCGUACUUCUUCAACAAGAAAAACAAUUAUGCCACAGAAGCUUCAUUCGAAACAAAACCCUUCCGAUUACACAAAUUGGACAGCGGACCCUCCACCCAAGUCUCUGUUACUAGAGAUGAAGCGUUAGAGCUCUAUAAAAAACUACAUACAAUCCGUCGUAUGGAAACAGCUGCUGGAAAUCUUUACAAAGAAAAAAUUGUCAGAGGUUUCUGCCAUUUGUACUCGGGUCAAGAAGCCUGUGCAGUUGGUAUAAAAGCAGCCUUGCGGUCGCAAGAUUCUGUGAUUACAGCUUACAGAGCCCACGGGUGGACCUAUUUAAUGGGAAUAGAGCCAUUUGGCGUUUUAGCUGAAUUAACUGGUAGAAAAGGAGGAAAUGCAAAAGGUAAAGGUGGUUCUAUGCAUAUGUACUCCAAAAACUUUUAUGGUGGAAAUGGUAUUGUUGGUGCCCAAGUACCAUUGGGAGUAGGUAUUGCUUUUGCUGCGAAAUAUAUGAACACUGGAGGAGUGUGUGUCGCAUUAUACGGAGAUGGUGCGGCCAAUCAAGGACAAGUGUUUGAGGUAUACAACAUGGCCAAGUUGUGGGACGUUCCUUGUAUCUUUGUUUGUGAAAACAAUGGGUAUGGUAUGGGUACUAGUGUCGAUCGUGCUUCUGCGAGUACAGAAUAUUAUACAAGAGGAGAUUACGUUCCUGGAAUUUGGGUGGAUGGUAUGGAUGUGCUAGCAGUUAGAGAAGCUACCAGAUUUGCCAUUGACUACUGUACAUCUGGCAAAGGACCUCUUGUUUUAGAAACUGUAACUUACAGAUACAGUGGACACAGUAUGUCCGAUCCUGGGACAAGUUAUCGUACGAGAGAAGAAAUCCAGGAAGUGAGGCAAACUAGAGACCCUAUAACUGGUUUCAAAGAACGAGUAUUGAAUGCCAAUCUUGUUACUCCAGAAGAAAUAAAGGCGAUAGAGAACGAAAUCCGGAAAGUUGUAGACGAUGCUGUAAAAGCUGCGAAAUCAGAUACCGAAAUUCCACUGAACGAGCUCACUACUGAUAUUUAUAGCAAUUGCUUAGAGAAAGAAAUUCGCAAUAUUACUCCAUUUAAUCCACUACCACACACGAGGCUAGGUCCAGCUGUGAAUGCCUAGAUUAACUCAUAAAAAUUUUUAAGCAAAUUCUGUAUUAAAUUUCAUUUAUUAUAGCGAUGCCUGCCAUUAAUAGAGUUACUAGUUAAUACAAGAGAUUCUUGGAGUAUAACUCCAUUUUUUGAAGUUAUCAGCAAGCAAAAUAGUAAAAUCACCGGAACAUGUUUUUGUUUAUCGUUACAGUUGUACAUACACAAUGUGUAUAUUUAUUUAUAGAAAUAUAAUGGUACUAUGAGGAAAA